CAGGGAGGCGCGGCGGUCAGGAUCAGCCACAGGUUGCGCCCGCCUCGUUCACGCAGGCCGGGCAUCUUGGCUGAUCGUAAAGCGGGGAGGAGGGAGAGGACACCCUCUAUGCCCAAGCGACAGAAAGAGAAAUCGAUUAACUUAACAUCCACAGCUACAUACCCCUUCUUUCCUCCAACGUUCACGCGAGUUACGAUUUCGAUCGCUUUCGAAAUAGACUUUCAACCUACCCCGUCGUAUUUUAACUAAAUUCCACUCGAUCGAUCCGCUUCCUUUUUCAAACUUUCCAAAAUAUUCUUCGUGCAUACGCAUAUGAAUAAAAGUAAUAAUUAAUUCGUAGAUAUAUUAUAUUGUAGAGAAUAACGCGAAAAAGAAUAAAUUCGAUUCAUUUUGUAUCGAUUCGUUCGAUUUAACGGUAUUGAACGGUAUUGAACGGUAUAACGAUUGUAUCGCAAACGAGGAUAUAUUUAACCCGUUACCUGUGUCGAUAUAACAAAAUUACGAUAGAAAUGAAAUGAACAUGUUUUAAAUUUUGAAUCGAAUCGCAUUAAUUAAUAAGAUUGAAUAAUAUUAUAAAGCGAAAAAUAUAUAUAUAUAUAAAAUUGAUAUAGCAAGUAAGAUUAACGAUUGAUCGAUAAGUUAUCUAUAAUUGAUGAUAAAUGAAUCGAGUGGAAACUCGAUGUUCAACGACCGUAUGCAGUGUUCACGAAGGUAUUCGAAGCUGCUCUAUAUUUUAUUCCAACAAAAAUGAAGAUGUCAUUUCAUAUGGGUGAAAACGAAGUUAUUUUGUUUGACGAAUGGCAUCCGAUAGAUUGGCAAGGUCUUGGAUGGUCUAUGGUUGGUGUUAUUCUCAUAGCAUCUAUAUACGAAGGGAUAAAAAAUUACCGCGAUCACUUGUACAUCAAUACAACACGUUUAUGGAAAAAUAAAGAAAUUAAUAACAGAGGAACAUUACUCUUUUCCAAAAUACAUUUUCUUCAAACGAUUAUUCACAUUAUUCAACUGGUCAUAGGAUAUUGUCUUAUGUUGAUAUUCAUGACGUACAAUAUUUGGCUUUGUAUCGCAGUAGCAUUGGGCACGGGUCUCGGUUAUUGGCUGUUUUCUUGGGAUAAAUCGAACGGUGACAGCGAUGACUGCUGCUUGUAAAUUUUACAUCGAAUACGUAUUUUAUCCUGAUAUCGAUAUCAUUUUGUCCCCUAAUAUAAGACACGUUAUAAUUGUAAAAAUUGUGAUAUUCUUAAUAAAUUUUUCAUACCAAUUUUUCUAUCA